AUAUCCGUGAAAGCCGAGUCGCGGCGCGUUGCUUACUUUAUCCCUAUUGCACUGCGCGGUUUAUUGAAAUGGUUAUUUUUAAAACUGAUGUGUUAAUACGCGAGUUUAAGGUCAAAGAGGUUCCGUCUUUGCUAUCGGAAAAAAAAAAUCAGAUGGAAAACUAAUGCAAGUUCUUUUUCACUUGCAUGCGUUUUGCCCCGGUGUAAAAUCAGUACCAUUUUCUUUUUCUGAAAAUACAGAAAUACAAAACUUGCAAAAACAACUAAUUUUUCCUCUGGGGGUGAAACGAAUCCUCUGUUGUAGCACAGUGUGUGCCGCUAAGAUGAUGAGAUGGAGGGAUACCUAUAAUAAUGUGCCUAUACUGGCUGUUGCUUUGUACUAGCUGUGUUCAGCGCUGGGGUUUGAAUGCAGUUUAUGUUAAUUUUGCGUAAAGUAUUGUUUGUGAAUUCUAUUUAAUUAUUUUUUUUCAAAAAGUAAAAAGAAAAAACAGUAGAAUGCGUCGCGCAAAUCGGACUGCUGCUUCUGCUUCACUUCCUUGUGUGGUGUAUUUUAUAAUUACUGGAACUAUGGUUAGUUUCGGAAACCAAGAGGCGACACGCAUCCUGUUGCUUGUCUGUAGUUUUCAGCUUUGUUAUUCGGGUCGGGGAUGCGGCAGUGAGUCCGAUCGGUUCAGCGCCACUGCUGUCUGUCUGCGCGCUGCGGGGAGCGUCGGGAGAAAGCGUUUCCAACGCGGAGGAUUGAAAGAACAGGCACCCCUGCACACGGGUGCAAUUUCAACUCCUGCGUUUGCUUUCACGAAGCUGUCCUCGGGAUACGGCCGGGUCGCUGCUGUGGCUGCAGGUUUCGUUUUGGAGGAUUUGUUAUUGGAGCCCCAGCAUGGAGCCGACAGUGGAGAGCCUGCAGGGAGCCGCUCCCUUGGAGCCCCGGUUGCUGUCUCUGGGGCGCAAGGACGCGGAGAGGGUGCUGGAGGUGUAUGUGAGGCGCAGCCUGAGUCUGACCGAUGGACCGGGACGAGACAGGAAGCCCAGGGGGAGAGGAGGAGACCGCAAGGGUGCAACGACCUUGAAGGGCGAAGUGCGAAGGUCAAUCAGCGAACUGGACAGUUUGGGGCCUAGCAGAGAGGUUAGCAAGGAGGUAAAGGUCCCGGGUGACCCAAAGCCUUCAGAGAGCCCAGCCCGCUCUGUCACUCCCCUGGAGAGGUCAACAGAGAAGCCCAAGAAGGUUUCCAAGAAGGGGAAGAAGUCUGUCCUGAAGAGCAUGUUCAGCUUCUUCUGGAAGAAGGGCAGCGAGGAGAAAGAGGACCAGGAGCCAGCCUCGGAGGAGAAGCCAGCCCCGGUAUCCACACAGACCCAGGGUGCCUCUGCCGGUUGCCUGCCUGUGACCCGGCAGCUCUCGGAGGACCAAUACGCACCCACCACCCCCCGGCCGGCCAAGCCGCUCAAGCGGAAGAGCACCCUACGGAAGACCUUCUCCUUCAAGAGCCGAGGCACGGACGCCCCAAAGAAACCCACGUUCCUGGCUCUUCGUGGCACCGUGCAUAAGCAAGAUGCUCCCGAGACGCAGCCUCGGUACUCGUACUACGAGCAGCUGUCUGUGGCGAUGGAGGACAUCGUGAAGGCACAGGAGCCGGUCCUGGAAGAGAUGUUUCAAUCUGCUGCUCCUCCUGCAGCCGACAUUGUGACCGACGGGGGGAUAUCGGCUUGUGACCAGGUUCUGAUUGAGAAGAUUGUCUCUCUGCUGCAGAGGGAAGGAGACGGUAUAGAUGAGAAGCUGAAGGAGAGCACAGCUCUGAACUCCUUCUUCCAGGGCAUGACCUACAGCUCCUUCCAGCAGCUGGCUGACCUCUACGUGGAGACCUCAGAGGUCAUGGGUCAGCAGCCGCAGGUGAGCCCCCCCGAGCUGGUCAAGUUUGCCUUCACGCUGGACAUCACUGCCAAGGUGGCGGGCCUUUGUAACCACACGGUGAAUCGCAUCAUGGGCUUCGGGAACCAGUACCUGCAGGACCGCUUCACCCAGUUCAGCAACGACCAGCCACGGUACGUCGGUGACUACCCCGUAGAAAGUCCGGACUGAACCACCCACAGCGCUACCCAGCCACGCACAACCCCUAUCACCAAGCUCUGUGGAAAGGUUUCUACAACAAUGGGCUGUGCGAUCACCAGGGCAGUGGGAGCAGCCCAAGAAACCCCUUCUCCUUAAAAGGAAGGAACUUAACUGCUGAAUGCCAGCCAAGCUUUUAACCCCUGACAAGAUGGCCGAUUCAUGACUUUUAAACCCCUGGCAAGAUGGCUGAUUCAUGACUUUUAAACCCCUGGCAAGAUGGCCGAUUCAUGACUUUUAAACCCCUGGCAAGAUGGCCGAUUCAUGACUUUUAAACCCCUGGCAAGAUGGCCGAUUCAUGACUUUUAAACCCCUGGCAAGAUGGCUGAUUCAUGACUUUUAAAAGGUGGCUUAAUGGAUCUUUCUGGUUGGCCUCCACUCAAACUACAGAGAGAAAAAUACCUUCUAAUGUUAAGGACGCUUGUGGAUCAUAUGUCUGCGUGCCAAGCACGUGCUCUGGGAUGGUGUUACCUGCUGCAGCCCCAGCCCAGGUUCUGUUCAUUGUAAUGUUACCUUGCUGUGUAAAGGCUUCGGGGCGACCCCCUUUGGUAUCACAGUUUUGGAGUGCAAAGGGAUUCUUUUCUGAUCCACGGGGGUCUGGUUUCACUCACCUAGUCUUGGGCUACCCAACGUCAUUGUAGGUAAGCUAGUCUAAGACUGGUGCUAUUCAGGGUCUGUGAAACCAGUCGCUCUUCAAGUACAGCACUAGGAGGUCAUCCUUGAGCCUUUUCACAUUGCAUAACACGCUGCCUGCGUUCACAGAGGUCUCGUGCAUCCACGAACCUGGAAUAAUGCACAUGCACUUUCUUUACACUCUAUUCUAUUGAGGUUAGUAGAGAGAGGAGAGAUGCAGAAUUUAGGCAUCUCUGCCCUGAAUUAGGGCUUGGUAAUCUAUGCUUAGAAAAUUAUUUAAACAUUUUUUUAUGUAAAAAGUAGAUUUUUAGCUUAUUUAUAUAAUAAUAAUAAUAAUAAUAAUAAUAAUAAUAAUAAUAAUAAUAAUAAUGGUGUACAUUUAAACUAAGAGUUGAAAUUAAGCUACUGUAAAAUGUGUUGUAGUUCCACCUCAUUCCACUAGAUGUCACAGUUUGACUGAAAAGAAACUUCUGUAGUGCUGGCUACAGGCUAUGGAAAUGGAAUAUGAUAAAUUGCGUCCCUUUAAUGUUUUAGGUUUAGGGGUAAAUUAAAGGAUAAACCAUUUCCAUUCCUCCUUGCAGUAUAUACAGCUCUACUGUUGUUGUGUUUUCGUGAUCCCUAGUGCCAGGAAAAGCUAUCUGCACAUUUUGUUCAAUGGUCAUAAGAAUGUCUAAAUAUUUAAUGAGGGCGUAAGCCUUUAUCAGUGAAUUCUGAUGUUUUUCAAUGCAUGAAUUCCUGAUAUUGUUUUUUGCACAUUUCUUAAAUGUAUGUAAAUCAUGACUUUAGAAAAGUCAGCUGAACCAUAGAAUUUUUUUUUCCAAAACCAAGAAUACUCACUGCUGCUGUGGCAUGCAUGACAUCACGUCCACAGGCUGUGUUGACAGUCCAGUUUACCCCAAUGAGUGGACAGUUUGAGCCACGUCCAGCAUCCCUCGGUGCG